AUUGGGAUUAUGGUUUGCUUAUUGUUGUUGGCAAAAGAAGAUACCUUGUCUUUCCCUUUCGAAAAAAGAAGAAAGAACAGAAAUGUAAAUCAUAACUCCUUCGUAACUUGUAAGAAGGUUGUGAACUUGUGAUAGUAAGGGAAUCCCAUUCAAAACUUUGUCGCUAUGCUUUUUUUGCAGGAAUGAAUUUAUAGCGUUAUUUUUUAGGGAAAUAAUUAACACAGUUUGGAUUGAGGUCAUGAUGGUGAUAAUUAUCUUAUACUCUCCUUGAAUACUGGUAAAUAUGGACCGAGCAUUUGUGCCCCUACGUUUUUUUGCUCUUUUGAAAAUAAAUAAACUAACAAUGGCAUUGUUACUUUGGUACUCUGCAUUAUUAGUGUAUAUUUGUCAAACAUAUUUAUGUUAAAGUCUAUUUGACCUCUCAUUGUGGUUAUUGCGGUUGUUGCAUCAUCAAAGAUUUUUUUAAUUACCCAGGCAUUAGGAUCGUAAUUUUCCCACUAGUCCAGACUCCAGUGACAGGGUCCUUUUUGUUUGAAUUAUAGGUUGUGAAUGAACCUGCAGAUGUGCAUUGCCCUGUUGUGGAGAUGUCAACUAGGUCCAAACUUAGCUGCUUGAGCUGGAACAAGUACACUAAAAACCACAUAGCCAGUAGUGAUUAUGAUGGAAUUGUGACGGUUUGGGAUGUGACAACAAGACAGAGUGUGAUGGAAUAUGAAGAACAUGAGAAACGGGCGUGGAGUGUUGAUUUUUCUAGAACAGAUCCCUCAAUGCUUGUAUCCGGAAGUGAUGAUUGUAAGGUUAAAGUCUGGAGCACAAAGCAGGAAGCAAGUGUCAUUAAUAUUGACACGAAGGCAAAUAUAUGUUGUGUGAAAUAUAAUCCCGGAUCUAGUUAUCAUGUUGCGGUUGGAUCAGCUGAUCACAACAUUCAUUAUUAUGACUUAAGAAACACCACCCAUCCGGUCCAUAUUUUCAGCGGCCACAAAAAAGCUGUUUCCUAUGUAAAGUUCUUGUCUAACCAUGAGCUUGCAUCAGCAUCAACUGACAGUACUCUUCGACUAUGGGAUGUUAAAGAAAAUUCAGAUGUUCGUGUCUUUAGAGGGCAUACAAAUGAGAAAAAUUUUGUUGGUCUGACGGUGAAUAAAGAGUUCAUUUCUUGCGGCAGUGAAACCAAUGAGGUCUUUGUUUACCACAAGGCAAUCACAAAACCGGUGACUUGUCAUAGUUUUGGCACCCUAGAGGUGGAAGACGGGGACGAAGACAUGUCAUCUUUCUUCAUCAGCGCAGUGUGCUGGAAGAGUGAUAGCCACACGAUGUUAGCUGCUAACAGCCAGGGAACCAUCAAAGUCUUGGCGCUUGCUGCCUGAUCGCCGGCUGCCACAUGUAAAAUUCAUCAGAGUAGUAGUGGUUGUUUGGUGGUGAUAACCACAACAAAAGACCCUGGAAAAUCUCACAAAGAGUAGGGAAAACCACCAUUUUAAUCUAAUUAUCUGAUUAAUUGAUUCAUUAAGCAGUGCAUGGUAGCAGUAGUAGCAUUACUUUUCCGUCAAACUAGCAAACUUCUAUGUCUAAUUUAAUCUUUGGAGGGUGUAAUUCAGUGCAGUUCCGUUGCCACUAGCUUUUUGGAGCACCUUAUGGGCUCUGUUUGUAAAAUUGAUAGUUUUUAUUCUCUCUAAAGCCAAGUGUUAUGGCGGGCUUGAUGGGGGCUUGACAGGGUGU